GUGGAUAUGUUUCAUGUUUUCUGUUUGCGCGAAAAACGUGCAGGUGUGUGUUCCACUGAAUCCCGUAGUUCCCCAAAAUCCUCGCGAAAACAGCCCCACCCCCAAUAAACCCCAAAAAAUCAUGGAAUUAAUCGUGUGAAAAUCCCACGAAAACCCCAAUUGACGGAUUAAUAAUAAUAACCCGCGAGUCCCGCCCGAAAAUGUCGGAAAUGGUGAAUCUCUCAGUGUUUACAAACGAAGGAGUAUCCUGCAGUGGUGCAGACCUCCUGCAACAGGCAUUCCAGGACGUGGUCGACGACGAGGAGCGUGACAACGAGCUUGUGGCAUUUUUCAAGGACGAUGGGGGCCAACACCAGACGAUUCGCUUGAGCCAGGAGCAGGCGGCGGCUUUGGGGUUAACUUUUGAGGUUGACUCGUUCAAUGACAACACGAGGAACGAGGUGACUCACCCACUGGAGGAUGAGAGCCUUCUGAAUGACAUCGAAAGUAUUGAGUACGAGGAGGCCCUGGAAGAGUCGCAGAUGGAGAAUGUGGACCUCCCGGGGGGCACCGAGUGGAUGCAGGACACUGGGGAUCUUGAUGAUGACGCCCCUGGGGAUCUCCAGGAGGACAACUUCCCCGAUGAGAUGCCAGAGCUCGGGGAGAACGUGCAGAGCAGGUCGAUGAGGGCCAUAGUCCUGCAGAACCUCCAGCACCUGAAGAUGCUGAACAAAAAGCUCAUUCAGGAGGAUCAGACAUUUGUGCAGCGAGCACCUGUCGUCCAGCCCCAGUCGCAAUUCAUUAUAAAACCAGGUCAAACUGUUGUGAAGACUGCCAAGAGUUUCAGAUUGGUUUCUCCCACGAAUAAAGUUAACAUUGCGAAUGCCCCUGGGGUGACGAAUCUCUCACAGAACUCGAUGAUGAUGAACUCGGUGCAGAAAUCGAAUGGGAUGUCCAGAAGUGGAACGAUGAAUCAGCUGAUUAACGGAGGUUCUGUGGCUGUGGGUAGUGGAGCCAAUGGACAGGUUCGAUUGUCUUCACUCGUCAAGACUGGACAGAGUGCUCAGAGGAGUCAGCAGUUUUAUAAGUCAGUGCCGAAGGCCCUGGAAGUGAGGAGUGUCACGACUCAAGGGGUGAAUGGGAAGACUGGAUCCCUCAUUAAAUCCGUUCCAGUGUCCACUCAGGUGGUGAGGACGUCUGCAUCCGCUGUCAAAAUCCCCUCGAAUCCCCAGAUGGUGAUCAGGACGACGACUGCUCGAAUGAAGCCCCAGGACUCGAAGGCAAUGAGUAAUGGAGCUGUUGGGGCUCAUCCCCAGUUGUCAGUUCUAAAGGCUCCAAAGGUGGUGCUGACGAAUGGGAAUAAGCAGAAUGGAGUUGUUCAGACGACGAAGAUGAUCAAGAAGAUAUCGACUAGUCCGCAGAGGCCUAGUGUCGAGAGGAGAGCAGUACAAAAUCCUAAUUCGAGUAGUUUAGUUCAGGAUAGUUUGAUAAUUAAUGAUGCUAAACCAGCGAUGAACGAUGGGAGGGGGUUUAGGAAGGCUGAGGUGUCUGAACGAGCUGUACCACCUUUGGUUCCUUCAGUUCCUGCAGAGGCGAAGCCUGGGAAUCCUGAGAAGCCUAUUCAGAUUGUUCAGCAGGGGCACACGUUUCACAGCAAUCAGAAGCUCACUCAGACCCAGCUGAAACAGAUUGCUCAGGCUCUUCAUCAGAGGGGACAGCAGGAGUCUUCAGAGACGAAGGAAAAAGUUGUUUACAGGGUUGUUUUCCCUGAAGAGCUGGAUCUGAGGAUCAGGAAUCCUAGCAAUUUGCUGAAGGGAGGGAGAGGGAAACGGGGGAGACCAAAGAAGGCACCUGGGAGACAUGUGGCUGCUGUGAAAGUUGGGGUUACUGAUGAGGAGAAUGAUGGAGCGAAGGAGGAUCGAAAAAAAGUGGUGGCCCGUACGAGAUCAGGCCGCCUAUCCCGUCCACCUCGUCACAUGGUGCGUGACUACAAGCACCUCCACCCAGUGGACUUCAUGCAGCCAGACCUAGACGACUCAGACGGUGGCUACAGUGACUACAACACGAACACAAUAAACACGUUAGAAGGCGCGGAGACCAAGGAAUUGCUAACAGGCCUGGAGCUUCCAAAGCGCAAGAUCUCCACCCACUUUCGUUGCGCAACCUGCAACAAGAUGUACCUGGGUCGUGCACGCCUGGCAAAGCACUUCGAGCUCUUCCCAGAGCACGGAAGUAUCGAGCUCCUGCCAUCAUCGACAUUAACGUCGAAUGGAUGUUCUGAUGAGCUGAAGAAGACUGCACCCCUGAGCGUGGACUCGUUCAAGCGAAAGGGAAAGAAGAGGGGGCCCUGGGCUUACGUCACCCCCGAGGCUAAAUCAGAGAGACGACAGGCUAAGCUGAGAGAAGCUCUGUCAGUCUGCGACAGUGGAGAGAUAUCGAAAAUAGCUGCAAAACCAGUUCUCAAUGCUCAAUCGUUGUACGAUCUCAUGGCUGUGAAAUCAGACAACAAUGUCAAGAUAUUUCUGAACGAGUUGAAAGUAUUCAUGGAGAAAAUUCGAGAACAGGCAGGUGUCAUGUUGUCUCCAAUCAUCGAUAAGGAGAAAGAGUCUAAUCUGAUUGAACUGAGGGAUGAACUCCUGUGCGACGCACUGGGACUGGUCCCUGGGGUCUACAGUGUCAAUGAGGAAGUCUUCAAGAAGCCAGAGCCCUAUCACGACGCGACAGUCCCUGAAGAGCCCCCCCUGAAGCUUCAGAAACUGCGAAACGACGAGGGAAAGGAGAAUAUCGAGGAGAGACUGUCCAGUGGAUUCUCUGAAAGUUCAGACCUGAGUGUCUCAGACUUUCUAGCUGAACGAAAGCAGGAUCCAAACUGCCCUGAAGUCCUCACAGCCCUGACCCUGAUGCCAAGGAAUUCCAGUCCUGUGGGAGAGGGGAUUAAAAAUGGCUCUAAGCUGUUGAUUUCCAGUGCUCAGAUACAGAAACAGGUGUCUGAACAUCUCGGGUUCCAGAAGGUGGAUUUCAGUGGCUCCAAGAGCCCGGCGUUCAAGAAGAUCGAGGGGACAAAUGGACUUGAUCUUUUUGAGCAGAAGGUGGAGACUGCAGGGCAGGGGUUCAUCAAACUCGAGCCCAUACCUCAGAAUUUCAUCAAACUCGAGAGCACUGUCAGUACUUAUGAUGGAGAGAAGCAUUUGGGUAAAUUGGAGAAUGGUUUUCAUGGCUUAGAUGGCAGCCAGAGCUUGGGGAGUGGCUUCCAGAAGAUUAUUUGUGAGAAGCCUGAGGCGCUGAAUGGGGUAAAGUCCAAUUGCAAAAUUCCCGAGGGUCUGCCGAUCCUCCAAGACACCGUUCCCAUUAUUAAUGCAAAUUGUGAUGCCAGCAUUUUUGGGGGCUCUGAUAAUCUAGACCCCAUUGGACACUUGGAUUACGCAGUUAUGGAUAAACACCUGAUGAUGGAUGAGAAAUUAGUUGAGCAGUUGCAUCUGGUGGAUCAAUCCAACUUGGUGGACGAGUUGGUCUCUGAACGACUGAAGAAUAUCAUACCAGACAAUAUUUUGGAGAAUAAUUUGAUGCCAAAUACUACGAAUUUAGACACUGAACUUGAUUUCGAGGCACUCAGUGAGGAGUUCAACAGAAAUACGAGAAGUUGAUUUAAUGGAUUUUUUAUUGAGCUCGCAAACUCGUUGGAGAUGAUGAUUAUUCAGUGAUACCAAAUCAAUAUUGAUUAAGGGAUAGCACAAGAGCAGAUGGAUGUAAUGAUAAAUAACUUUAGCAGUUGGUCAGAGCGAUGAGGAUUUUUGUUUUGGUACUUUUGAGUACGUUUUACUUUUGAGCAUUGUACAAAGACCCUUGGGGUCUUCAUCAAUGGUAAUUUUUAAGAGUGAUACGUUUAUUUUUAAGGAAGCUUGACUUCCUUUUUUUUAAUACACUUUUCUCCGCGAAAAAUGGCUCGGUGGAACAGUUAAAACUAGUCUUCGCAGUGUGCUGACGGGUUGAGUACAACCUCAUACGUUUUUUUUGGUUUCGAUCUCGUAGUUUAUUUUUUUUUCGGUUCAUUGGUUUUUACUUGAAAAAGAGAUGGAUAAAUUACUUAAUUGGUGGUAAUUGGUGUGAGGGGAGGGAGUUUCUGUAAAUAAAUGUACAGAUUUUGGGAGGAAUACUUAAUAAUUCGUAUGUAUUUCAGAAGAGAAAUGAUGAAACACUGUAACAGAAUUUUUUCUAAUUGAAUAUGAAACUAUGUCGACAAGGAAUCGUUUCAAGGAAAAACGUCAGCAGAAAUUUCUUGCUGGCAAUUCAAUUCCUGAGGUCAAUAGAAAAUUAUGGAAAGGAGGAAAGAAAGUGUUACGUUUACUCAUUUCUCUGCUGUUUUAAUGAAGCUAGAGAGAUUAAUGCAACGUCAUUAAGUCAGAAACACUAUCAGUGAGUGGCUGAACAUGAACUACAAUAAAUAUUAAUUUAGGAUAUAGGUGAAUCAAGAGGCAAUUAAAACCAACAUUCUAUAAGCAAAAAAUUGCAUUUAAUGUUUUCAGGUUAAAAAAAAACUUAGAGAUAUUGUUGUGUGAAAUUCUCGUUGGAUAAUAGUGUUAUCGAGAGUCAAUAAGGUUUAUAGAAUUAUUUUGAUACGUGAAAUAUUCCAUCCAUAGAGAAUUGACAUUUCCUGUACGUCUGAUUACAAUUAUAUGAUAAUCUAAAAGAAAAAUAAACGCUCAAAUGGCUGAGGAAAUCAGUACGAGAGAUUGUACAUGUACUCUGAUAUAAAAUUAUGCUAUAGGGUUACAUAAAUGUGCAAACAAAUUAUGAGAAUAAAGUAAUGUUCCACUUUU